UCGACCAGGGAGAAGGACUGCUUCUGAGGGGACCUCGGGUUCGCACGCUCGCCCCGCGCCGGAGCGCCCCGGCGCGGCCAGGGAGCGGCCCCUUGUAGAGGUCUAGGGAGCCUCCCGAGGUCCGUGCCGGCGCCCGGCGUCCGACCCUCCCACCGUUCGGCCCACCGGCCCGCUUCUUCCUGAUGCAGACUGCCGUCCACUAGAGGCUGGACAGGACCCCCGAGGUGAUUCAUGGCAGGGGACGUGGAAGGUUUCUGUUCUUCUCUCCAUGACACCAGUGUCUCUGCUGGGUUCAGAGCACUGUAUGAGGAGGGAUUGCUUCUCGAUGUCACUCUUGUUAUUGAAGAUCAUCAGUUCCAGGCCCAUAAAGCACUCUUGGCCACCCAAAGUGAUUACUUCAGAAUUAUGUUCACUGCAGACAUGAGGGAACGAGAUCAGAACAAAAUUCAUUUAAAAGGUCUAACAGCUACCGGUUUCAGCCACGUUCUUCAGUUUAUGUAUUAUGGAACUAUAGAACUGAGUAUGAAUACUGUUCAUGAAAUCCUUCAGGCGGCAAUGUAUGUUCAGCUUAUAGAAGUGGUGAAGUUCUGCUGUUCUUUCUUAUUAGCCAAAAUCUGCCUAGAAAAUUGUGCAGAAAUUAUGAGACUCUUAGAUGAUUUCGGUGUUAACAUCGAGGGAGUCAGGGAGAAGCUGGACGCUUUUCUGCUAGACAACUUUGUGCCACUCAUGUCCAGGCCUGACUUCCUGUCCUAUCUGAGCUUUGAGAAGCUCAUGUCUUAUCUGGAUAAUGAUCAUCUGAGCAGGUUUCCAGAAAUUGAGCUAUACGAGGCUGUGCAAUCUUGGCUGAGACAUGAUACACGACGAUGGAGACAUACAGAUACCAUCAUUCAGAACAUCAGGUUUUGUUUGAUGACUCCAUCCAGCAUUUUUGAGAAGGUUAAGACAUCAGAAUUUUAUAGAUAUUCUCGACAGCUACGCUAUGAAGUUGACCAAGCAUUGAAUUACUUCCAGAACAUUCACCAGCAGCCCUUGUUAGACAUAAAAUCAAGCCGUAUUCGUUCUGCCAAACCACAAACUACAGUAUUCCGAGGAAUGAUUGGAAAUAGCAUGGUUAAUAGUAAAAUACUUCUUCUAAAGAAACCAAGGGUCUGGUGGGAACUGGAAGGCCCCCAAGUACCUCUGAGGCCAGACUGCCUUGCUAUUGUCAAUAAUUUUGUAUUCCUGUUAGGUGGAGAAGAACUAGGCCCAGAUGGCGAAUUCCAUGUAUCUUCAAAAGUGUUCAGGUAUGAUCCAAGACAAAAUUCUUGGCUGCGCAUGGCAGACAUGUCUGUACCCCGUUCAGAAUUUGCUGUUGGUGUUAUUGGGAAAUAUAUUUAUGCUGUAGCAGGCAGAACAAGAGAUGAGACUUUCUACUCGACCGAAAGAUAUGAUAUCGUUAAUGAUAAAUGGGAAUUUGUAGAUCCUUAUCCAGUUAACAAAUAUGGACAUGAGGGGACAGUACUCAAUAACAAAUUGUUUAUCACUGGAGGAAUCACUUCGUCUUCCACAUCUAAACAAGUAUGUGUGUUUGAUCCCAGUAAAGAAGGGACCAUAGAACAGCGGACCAGGAGAACUCAAGUAGUCACCAAUUGCUGGGAAAAUAAGAGCAAGAUGAAUUAUGCCAGAUGCUUUCACAAGAUGAUAUCUUAUAAUGGCAAGCUUUAUGUCUUCGGUGGUGUCUGUGUGAUCUUGAGGGCCUCUUUUGAAUCUCAGGGCUGCCCUUCCACAGAAGUGUACAACCCAGAUACUGAUCAGUGGACCAUCUUGGCAUCCAUGCCAAUUGGUAGAAGUGGCCAUGGUGUGACUGUGCUCGACAAACAAAUAAUGGUCCUUGGAGGGCUUUGUUACAAUGGUCAUUACAGUGAUUCCAUUUUCACCUUUGACCCAGAUGAAAACAAGUGGAAGGAAGACGAAUAUCCUCGAAUGCCCUGCAAGCUGGAUGGUUUACAAGUGUGCAACCUAUAUUUUCCAGACUAUAUAAUGGAUGAGGUUAGGCGUUGCAACUGAUGUCAUCUUUCUCCCUAAAAAUUAAAAAGGCAAAUAAAGCAUUUGUAAUAAAGUAGUUUAAAAGCAUAAAGAAAAACCUCACCAGUUUUCCUAUCAAAGCCAUUGGUCUAAUAUUGUAAGUUUUCAUUCUGUGCUAGCAUCUUUUUCCUUUGAGUGACCUCAGACUCAUGCAAUAAGUUUAUUUAAAGCACUAGCUCUUGAAACUACUUCCAAAAGCAGUUUAUACUUCUCCACUUACCUGGGAAGUGUAUUUUUCUGCUUUAAACAUUUCUUCCAGAUGUUAGUGUAAGAUUUGUGCAUCUUCUAAGAGAAGACCCAGUAAGUGUCACUGGAUGUGAUUUCAGUCUCUGUCUGUCUGAACUUGUUUUAGACAUUGUUUUAGUCUGCUAUAUGUUUUGGUUUAUUAUUUAAAAGUUUAAAACUCUUGACCUUUUUGCAUGGCUUUUGCUGAAAAUGCAAAAAUUUAAAUUUUCUACA